UCUUGGUAUGGCAGAUGACAAGGUUCACUUAUAUACGGCAUGGCAUUCUCCGUUUGGAUGGCGCGCCUGGGUUUCCUUACUAGAGAAAGGCAUUCCCUUCGAAUACCACGAGACUGACCCUUACGAAAAAUCUCCAGAAUGGUUCAAAAUUAGUCCACGUGGGCUAGCUCCAGUCGUUCGCCAUAAAGGAAAGUCAGUGUACGAGUCCACGGUGUGUAUCGAGUACAUUGACGAGGCUUUUCCACAGGAGCCACGGCUGAUGCCUACAGAUGCGUACGACAGAGCAUAUGUAGCUAUGUGCGUAUCACGUGGCACGAAAAAGAUAAUUCCCAACUUCUUUGGCAUGAUCGUGAAGCAAGAUGCGGCUGAACAGGAGAAGGCCAAACAAGAUGCCUUGGAUGGUAUUGAGGCCUAUCUUGCAGCAAUGAGAGGCGAUGGGCCUUGGUUUAUGGGUAAACAGUUCACUCUUGCAGAUAUUGUCUUGGUUACUUUUGCCCUAUCAUGUUCAAUUUUUGAACAUUACCGCGGCUUCAAAAUUCCUGAGAAUGACGAAAAGUUCGCCCGCUUCCAUCCAUGGGUUAAAGCAUUUUAAGCACGCAAAAGUUGGCAAGCCAUCGAGCCCACCAGAGAAAAAGUCUUGGAGGACUGGAGACCAUAUGCCGAGGGCAAAGCGCAAACAGAGCUUGCAAAAGCUGCUCGUCAAGGCAAGACGCCAUGAACACCAUUUUGUCUCCAGUGUGGUUUCAAGAUCUCGCAAGCAUAAAAAUUAUAUACAAUCAGAUUUCAUUGCACUGUAUUGUUCAGAUAUUUAGAAAAAACGUUGUGUUAGGUAUGUUGUAGACAGAGAUAAAAUCAAAGACGAAUGGAACAAGCAUAGCGUAUAUUCCACUGGAUAAGCCGUAUUGCCUCUUUAUCUGACUAAUAAAAGGAAGGGUCGUUCGAUUCAGAUUUGAAAUUACUGAUAGGGCCUAUAACAUAUUUGGGGGUAACAAGUCAGUCAUGUAAAAUUUUAGGGUUGGCGACUCAAGUAGUAUAGGGUAUAUUAUAUGUAGGAUGCAAGAACACUGCAGUCAGAAAUGCGACAUACUGUUAAUCUUUUGCAACAUGCUCCCAGAAAAGCCAUAACCCGAAUUCACACCGUCGAUGAGAAAUACAAUCUCCAAAGUCAAAUUCCCUUAAAAUUUAUUUCAUCAUAUUUCAAAGUAUUUGCUGCACAAACUGUUCAGAAAUGUAUGUUUGUAGAAAUGGAAUUAUAUAGUUUACAAAGGUUGACUAAAAAUAGCAUUAACUAUAUUUGUCUACAACUACAUAAUUAUAACUGACAGAACAACAAACGUUUUUUCUUAGUUCGGUAAAUUCGAAUUUACGACUGUGUUUUAUUUCUUUAUAAUUCUUAUAGUUUAUCAUGUUUUAUCAUAAGCUUCUUUGUUAGUUUUCUUAGAAUUUAUCAUCGCUUGUACGAGAGAGAUACUCUUGCCACUCGCCCAGUGCUGCUCGGUCCAAAGCUUGAAUUUAACUAAGGAAACUAGCUAAUAAAAAAUAAUUCCUCGCUUCAA